GCGAAUAAGGUCCAAUGGUUGUGCUUUCAUAUCACGUUGUCAAUGAGUGGUUUCGUUAUGAUUUUAGUAACCGGAAAAGUGACUAUUAUGGAUGGUUAUCGUUUUUUUUAAAUUUGAAAUCGUAAAAACUCGAAACUUGAGGAUAUUGCCAAAAUGAUUACACUUCGUGCUGGAACUUACUUAUCUCCAAGUAUUCCUGUGGAAUACUUUGAAAUGAUUCUGCAGUACUUAGAAUCGAAAUUAAGUAUUCACACUACAUUGUUAUAUGAGUCGAGAUGGGAAGGACCAAGACUUGAGAGAGAAGAUCCUUUUUUGUCUGGAUACUUGGAUCUAGCCUGGAUGAGUAGCACUGUUUAUUUACGAAUGUUGAAAGAUUCCAGCCCUAUUGAAUUAUUGCCAAUUUCAUCUGUCCACAAGCACAUACGCAAUUCUGAUCGUCCAGGCUAUUAUUCAGAUGUCGUAAUGCACAAGGACCUUGGUGAAAAAGUGAAAGAUUUUAUAGACUUAAGAGGAUGCAAAUGGGCUGACAACUGCCCCGAGUCUUUGAGUGGGCAUGUCAUCACACUGAGUAAACUUAAAGAAAUCGGCGAAAAUGCUUCUUUCUUUGGAAAUGUACUUUAUUCAGGAUCACAUCUGGAAAGCAUUAAAAUGGUUAUUGGCAAAAAAGUAGAUGCUGCAGCUGUUGAUGCCAACUGCUUAGCUUUUUUUUUGCAAAGAAAUUCACAUUUAGCUGAUGAAAUAAAAGUGCUGACUUCUUGGGGCCCAUUACCUCCAUACCCCUUUGUUGUGAACUCUAAACUUGAUGAAUCGGUGAAGUCAGAUAUAAUGAAAUGUUUGUUAAAUAUGCACCAAGACCGUGAAGGCUUAAAAAAGCUUGAAGAAUUCCAUGUUCGAAAGUUUGCUCCAAUCAGCGCAAAUGAAUAUGACAAAGAAGAGUUCAUGAUAGAACGCACAAAGGAUCUCAGUUUUGGAACAACAUAUUACUAAAAAAUGCAUUCCUUGAUCUAUUUCCAUUCAACUGCCAAUAGCUUCUGGAGGGUUUACAAUCUUUAGAAAUGACACAAAUGCAUGAAGAAAUUUGCAGUACUUAAGAGAAAAACUAUUCAUGCAUUUACUUACUUGUGAAAUUGUUGGGCUUUUAUAUUUCCUUAAACUAAAUAUUUACAAUUGCACUAUUUUUUGAACAGGUAUUUUUAAAAUGUGUAUGUUGCAGAUGUGUAUAAUUAAGUUAUUCAAAGUUCUCUCAUUAGAAUAUUUGGAGCUUAUCUGUUAUCUAGAUUGCUUUUGAUGAUAGCAAUAUAAUCAAACUGUUGAAUUUAAAAGAUUGCUAUAUAUAUAUAUAUAUAUAUAUGUAUGUAUGUGUGUAUUAAUGUUGACUUAUUUUGUUAUUGUUUAAGCUAUUCCAAUUAUCAUUUGUUUCUUAUUUGAAUUAACUGUAUUUUUAUGGAAGCUUGAAAUAAAAAUUAUUCAGUAUAUAAAAGUUUCUUAAUCAUGUAAUUAAAUUAUUCCUAUUUUACAAAGUAAUUUUUCAUAGUCUUUUAAAGAAAAUAAAUUUAUUAAUUUUGCACAAAAAUAAUGAAAUUUCUUUAUUCAAAAUAUAUUUUCUGAUAUCACAUUUUUAUUUUCUAUAAUAUUAAAAAAAAUGAUUUUUUUAAAAACUAAAUAUCCAUUUUUUACCCCCUUGAUAAAAAACUAACAUUCCGGAGACAGAUUAUGCUGUAAUUUUCUUGAGGUUUUUAUAUCAACCAUUUUAUAUAAGUUUUCUAGGUGGGGUUUUUUUUCCCCCUCUCCCUUCUUAUUGGUAAAGAAUAGUUGAAAAUUAUUGUCAAGAAAACUGUUUUCAUUAAAAUCGAUUAUAAAAUAAUUUUUAUAAAUUAUGCUUAUUAUAUGUGCAUCUAAAGUUUAAUUAUUUAAAUAUUUGUUACUAAUAACUAUAUUAUUGUAUAGUUAUUAAAUAUAAAAUGUGAAAAUAGAGGACACAAUUUUUAAAGAACAUACAUUGCAAUUAUAUAUUAUCACAUUUCAAGUAUAUAUUUUUAAUCAUGUAACUAUGCACUAUGCUUUUUUGUGGAUAUUUACAUAAUAGAUAAAAUAUAAAUACAAAAAAGUAUUUUAUUUAAUAAGUAUUUCAUAUUUUUAAAUUAAUGCAAAUACGUUAAAAAGAUUUCCAAAUAUCAUUUAUGAGCUGAUGCAAGACGUUUAUUAUAAUUUCUGGUUAAAAGGAAUUUUAAAAGGUUCAUACUUUUAUUUGGCUACAUAUUAGUGUAUGUGAUAUAUUUGAUUCAUGUCAAAGUAUGAAAUUUCUAAAAUGAUAUGUAAUAACAACUUUAAGUAAAUCAUAUUAUAUAUUUAUGUUACUUUUGUAUAAAAAUAUUGAAAAUACAAUGUUAUUUUUGAUAUGCAAGUAUUUUGUUAUAAAGUUCUACAUAUAUACAUAUUUAAGUACUUAGUCAUGUAACCAUAAAAGCAUUUAUUAUUAUAGCAUUCAACAUCAGCAACUUUAAAUCAAAGAACUAAUGCUUAUUCCUUGUUAAUGUUGUUAUAAUUCUAGGUACCUUUCAGUAUUUUAUUAUAUAUAUAAUAUUAUAUAAAGAUGAGCAAAUUUUUCUUAUUUUCUGUGUUUUAUUAUUUGAAUCUGCUUUAAAAUUAGUUGGCAUAAUAUCUCAUAUCACAUAAUAUUCAAAGUUAUGGUUAUUUAAAUCUCGUUCUUUAUUUUCAUAAUUAAUACAAUUUCUGCUUAAUUAUUGUUUUGCAGAAUUUUUUAAACAGCUUCAAUAUUUUUUAAUAAUUUAAUUACAUUGUCAAUUUUAGAUUAAUGAAGCAAGAUUCAGUGAUAAAUUUCCAAUAGCAGAUGCUGAGAUUUUUAAUGAAAUCCAUAAAAAUGAUUUGAAUGAAUUUUUGUUGAGAAUUAUUUGGACAUAAUAACACAAUAAAUUGUGAUCAUAUAAUAAUUUUCUUUCUUAUUGUUUUAAAAUGUCUCUUAAUAAAUAU